AUUUGGUUUCGUCGUGGAUAGUGAAGUGCAGUGAAAAGAAAAUUAUGUAAGACAAACAAAAAUAAACCGAAAUUUCAUGUUGUGAGUGCAUUUUAUCCUCAAACGUUAUAUUAGUAUGCCUACUGGGCGAGCUGUCCUGCUGUUGCGGCGUCUUUCGACGGGUGAUAAUAGGUUCAAAAGUCUGAAUUUGAAUCAAAAUAGUACGAAGGAGCCGCUGCUUGGUAACCCGGUGUGCACUCACCGAGAUUUGGUCUUGCCCAAAAGGUUAUCAACAUUUGGACCAAGUAAUAUUACAGUGCCACAACUAACAAGGAGUCUCAGUGACAAUAAGAUCAUAAUGGCAACAUCUACUCCACCUACAGAUCAACCAAAGCAUACCAAUCGUUUAAUUACUGAAAAAUCUCCCUAUCUUCUCCAACAUGCUCACAAUCCUGUGCAAUGGUACCCAUGGUGCCAAGAAGCUAUUGAUAGAGCCAAAAAGGAAAACAAGCUUAUAUUCCUCUCUGUAGGAUACUCUACUUGCCAUUGGUGUCAUGUCAUGGAAAAAGAAUCAUUUGAAAAUGAGGAUGUAGCUAAGGUAAUGAAUGAGCACUUCAUAAACAUUAAAGUAGAUCGUGAAGAAAGACCUGACAUUGAUCGUGUCUACAUGUUGUUCAUACUGGCGACGAGCGGCGGCGGUGGAUGGCCGAUGUCUGUCUUCCUUACUCCUGAUCUACGCCCCGUCACCGGAGGCACAUACUUCCCUCCUGAAGAUCGAUGGGGAAGGCCAGGUUUCAAAACAAUUCUUCUAUCAUUGGCUAAUAAAUGGAAAGAAAAUCAGGAGCAGUUCAUGGAAGCCAGCGUCAACAUCAUGCAAGCACUACAAAAAAUAUCUUUAGUUGACUCUGAAAGUUCUAAUGCUGUACCUGGAGAGGCAACUUGGGAAAAAUGUGUCCGCAGGUACAUCAAUAAUUACUACGAACCAGAAUUUGGCGGAUUUGGAUCAGCACCAAAAUUUCCACAAGCUUCCAUUUUCAACUUUUUGUUCCAUUAUUAUGCGCGUGAUAAAAACAAUGCUGAGGGUAAGAAAUGCUUGGAUAUGUGCUUGUACACUUUAACUAAAAUUGCAAAUGGCGGUAUUCACGAUCACAUUUCCAGUGGUUUCGCCAGGUACUCCGUUGAUAAUGAUUGGCACGUACCUCAUUUCGAAAAGAUGCUCUAUGAUCAGGCUCAGCUGACGGUUGCUUACACUGACGCUUACCUCGCGACAAAAGAUGAGUUUUUCGCUGAUGUUGUCCGAGAUAUAAUUAAAUAUGUAAAUAGAGAUCUGAGGCACCCCUCAGGUGGAUAUUACAGUGCUGAAGAUGCUGACUCUUAUCCUGAGGUAGGAGCUCCGCAUAAGAAAGAAGGAGCCUUUUGCACUUGGCAUUAUAAGGAACUGAAAUCUCUUCUCGAACAUAAGAAAGUCAAUGAUUCACUAUCAUAUUUAGAUGUCUUCUGCGACUACUUUAGUGUAGAAGCUGAUGGAAAUGUAUCUCCUGGAAGUGAUCCUCACGGGGAACUUACCAACCAGAACGUAUUAAUUAUUUAUGGCAGUAAGCAAGAGACAGCUGAGAAGUUUAAACUGUCUAUGGAGCAGUUUGAUCAAGUUAUAAAUGACUGUGUUCAGAUCUUGUAUGAAGCACGUCAAAAGAGGCCCCGUCCACAUUUAGACACAAAAAUGCUGUGUUCUUGGAAUGGUUUGAUGAUAGCUGGUUUAGCGCAAGCUGGUCAGGGCUUAGGAGAGAAACAAUUCGUUGAGGAUGCAAUCAAAACGGCUGAAUUCAUCCAGAAACAUUUGUACGACGAAACGAAUAAAAUUUUAUUACAUUCUUGCUAUAGAGCUGAAGAUGGAACCAUUGCCCAGACUAAGGAACCGAUAAAGGGAUUCUUGGACGACUAUGCUUUCUUGAUCAAGGGCUUGUUGGACUUGUAUGAGGCAUCGUUGGACUACCGCUGGCUAAAGUGGGCGCGUGACUUACAACAGAAACAGAACGAGCUCUUCUGGGACUCUGUCAACGGUGGUUACUACACUUGUUCUGAAGACGACGCUAGUGUGGUGUUACGACUCAAAGAGGAUCAAGAUGGAGCUGAACCUUCAGGUAAUAGCGUGGCCUGCCACAACUUGCAACGUUUGGCAGCGUACGCAGACAAGAGCGCGGCCCCUGAGGGCGGCGAUGGCGAGAGAGAAAUGGCAAUGAAAUUGCUCAAAGCAUUCUCCAAGAGACUCAACGAUGCCCCCACUUCUCUACCGGAGAUGAUGUCUGCCCUCAUGUUUUAUAAUGACUCCCCUACUCAGGUGCUGAUAGCUGGUGGUUUCUCGGACCCGCGUACGCUGGAGUUGGUCCGCGUGGUGCGGUCCCGUCUGCUGCCCGGCCGCGUGCUGGCCGUCGCCGACCCCGCCGCCGAGUCGCCCGCCGUGUUGAGCCGUAUCAGGUCUGUGGGCGACGUCCCGACGGCGUACGUAUGCCGUCGCUACGCGUGCUCACUGCCCGUCACCGACGUCAAGCAGCUCGAGAACUUACUCGACGAGGCGCCCGCCGCGCCCUCUCUCAACACUAAAUGAACUACAUGGAAAAUUGUUCUGUUUUGCAUAAUAUACCCAUUUACUAUUUUACUAAUCAACUAUGUAAUCACUUCCUUUUCAAAGUAAUAAUAUAGGUAAUUAGAUGACUACAUAUUUUCAACCAUUUAUUCUGUAGUGUCAAUCAAGACCGAGCUAAAGAAGUUGAGCUUAGAAGCUGUCAAAUCGUAUCCUAAGUAGAACUUGGUACUGGCUCUGGGCAUGUUGAAGUCUGCACUGUUUCAAUUGCCUACAUAAAUACGAAUGGGUAUAUUAUGAAAACGAAUCCGAUAGACAGCUUUAAAUCGGAAAGUGAUGUUAAUAAAAUGUUAUAUUUUAGUAACUACCUUGAGUCAUACCUACAGCAUUUGUUGAAAAUAACGACAUACGUAAAUUACCUCAUCAAAGCUCUACUUGUUUCGGGUCACAACGGAGCUCCUAAUUAUUCGCGACGCAUGUUAAUAAGAGUUUGACUUGAACCUAGUAAAGCUUUUCUCAGUUAAUUCACGUAAGUAAGUUAUUACUUUCAAUAAUAUUGGAAUGGUUAUAGGGCUACUCCACUACUUACCAAGUCAUUAAAUUACAAUGUAAAGCUUAAUAACCUAGUCAUCGAAACAAAACAAUCGUGGCCGUGGUCAUCAAUGUUGUUAGUUAGAACACGUUAGAAAUCUCAUGACAAUCUCUAGGUAUUUAUUUAGCAAUCUCAAGUCUUAUACAUUUUAAUAAGUACAUACAUACAUAUAUCUCGUUACUAACAGUAUACUAGUAGUAAUCUAGAUGUCAAUUUUAUAAGUAUUUCUGUCGCCGUUUAAUUAAGGUUGCGCGUGACUAUAAAAUUUUGUAGUUUCUAAAAUAUUCGAAUGUCUAAUCUUCGUAAUAUUGCUAUGUAACUCGAUGUAGUAUUUAUAGCGUUCUAGAAUCUGUCAAAUAUAAGUAAUUCUUUAAAUUGCGAGUAUAAAAUUAAAUGUAACACCUCGUAAAAAUAAUUGGCAAUGUUUAGUCUGAAGUAUGUGAUAGUUUUAUCAAAAAGUUGAAUACAAUAUGUAUUGUAUAGUAGCAAAAAGCAUUAUUUUGUAACUAGCUAGCUAGUUUAGAUCCUAUGACAACUGUCAUAAAGUAUAUAAUUUGUGUAGUUUUCUACGAUUGGUGAUGUAUUCGUUGUUAUUAUUUUUAUUUAUUGAUAAAAUUUGGACAAGUAGAUGUCGCUAUAAGCAAAUUUUUUGUUGUAUUUGUGAUAUUUUUACGUAAUAAAUACUGUUACGAAA